AUGCCUCCGAUGACAAGUUCGGUCGAGGUGGUGCGCAAGGCAUUGGCGACACCAUCUUCAUGCUCGCCAACCACCACCAGUACCCUGCAGACCCUCCUAGCCGCAGCACAAGACCAGCCGAAGCCUCCGAAGACGCUGGCAAAGACAACAGCCACUCGCAAACCACCGCCUACGAGGACAACGAGAACCAAACCAGUCCCGGCUGCAGCCCCUGAUGCGCCUCAGGCCUUGACGGCCUCGGAGCGGUACAAACUGGCCACAGACGUCGUCAACGUCUCGUUAAAGGUCUUGAACGAUGCGACAAAAAUGUCGACAUCUUCGCCCUCGCAUUCGCACACCACCAAGAAGCCACUAUCUUCUGGGCUGAACACUGUCGCCGAAUGCGCCCGCAUCGCCUUUGCCCAUCUUCGUUCUGCCCGCUCUGCGAACGAUGACUCUCUACAGCUGGAGACGGGCAUGCUUGCCCUGUGCUCGAAACUCGUCGCUCUGGGCAUGGACACACUGGCAAUGAAAGAGCUGCGCAUUCUCAAGACGUGUAUACACCGAAGAUCCGAAGGCGCCAACCCGCCACCUGCCUCUGAAAGGGAAACACUGGCUACAUUGCUGCACCUCGAAUGUCGCACAUGUGAUGCCAAAGUCUUGUCGCUGGCCAUCUCCUACCACAUGAAUGUCUUGCGGCUCGUCGUCAAUUCUGCCCGGCCUGCCACUAUCAAGGCUUCGCUCCCACAUCUGAUGCUUGACAAUCCUAUUUCUGCCGCUGCCCUCAUACUACGAUCUACAAAGGUAUCCGAAGACAAGAACAAGGUGGCACGACAAUUAGAUACCCUCUCAAAGCUCAUACUAUCCAUGUGUCCAUCCCCUUCCUCUUCAGCAGACGACUCUGCUACAAGUAUCGGGACACACGCCUCUCCUGAUGUCGCUUUCAAGCUUCAAACCACUGCGCUUCUCAUCCAGACGAACUGGUGGCCGAUAGCUGGACACAAAGCGAAUCUUCAGAAAGAGCUAUAUGAACCAUUGGUCCAAUUUCUGGACGCUUAUAGAAGGCGAGCUGAGGAUCGAGGGCCCCAGGCUUACAAACAGGCCAUCAAUUGCAUGAGCACUCUUGUCGAGCUGUACCAGCCCAAAGAUGCAUCUCUGCCUCUUCCUUUGACUCUAUACAAGGCUUUGAGUGCGCUUGCCGAAUCUUUCGGUAUGCAAGAUGAGGCUUUGCGAUAUACCGAGUUCAUGUCGUCAACGUCAGAAAAGGCCUCAGGAAACGGUAUGUCUUUACUCUGUACAGUUCGAUCCAUGGCUCUUUACCUCGAUCGUGAUAAACAACUAGACCUAGCGAUACUUCGCAGCCAGAUUCAGUCUUGCAGGACUCACUUGGUCAACAAAUUCAAAUCGUCUACGCUGUCAGUCGACGACAUGUUGCUGGAACUCGCCAGAUUACGCAAGACGACCAUCAAAAUCUUGACACAUGACACGGGAAAAGAGAUUGGACCUGAACCGGACGAGUGUGCUAUUCUACUAUGUACCAUCAGUUUUCUCUGCACUGAAAUACUUCUCUGGUGCUUAGAAAGCACCGCUGAUGCCAAAGCGUCGGGAGAUGUAGCGUCGAAAUUGGUUGUUCCCUUUGUCAGCUCAAGUAUUUUCUCUUGCAAAUUGCUGGGCUCAUCCUGCGACCAUAUCGAGACUGCCCACAAAGCUCUUGAGACAUGCACUCGUCUAUUGGAUGUAAAUUCGGACUCCGAAGCAGAACAUCUAGUGGUCAACAUCUCCAACUUACAUUGGCGCUGCUUUCAACUUUUGGCUUCGAAGACCGGAGAGUCAUCCCCGGAAGCCAUAAGAUAUCUUCAAGCAUCCAUCGAGAUACUACGCGAGCGUGCGUCUGUACAUCAAGAAGCUGGCUUCCUAGGAUCAAAGCUAGAGAGGUUUGGCAGUAUUGCCAAAUCAUGUUCCGUCUUUGCUGAAUCGACCAGCAUGCAGCUUCGCUCCGGUGUCUUGCAUGAAUUGGCCCAAAACGCAAAUUCAAAGCCACUCUCUAGUGUUUUGCAAUUGGAUCGUAAGGCCCAGUUGUUGAGACGUAUCCUUCACGAGUAUCAUACAUCUGCAGCCAAAGAUUCUGUAAACGUUGCCUUCUUCGACGAUGGUUCCAUUGAUCCAUUGGAACGAGCGACUCUGCUCGAGAUCCAGCUGGCCUUCUUUGAGGAAGACUUGUUCAAACCAUCACAUCGUAGGAGAGUAGCAGCAGAUCUGCAACGCUUGUGUACCAAACUGCUGGAACUGUACAGCCAAGAUAGUUUUCCACUCCGGCGAGGACGUGUAUGCAUCCAGAUCCUCAGAUAUUCGAACGAAUUUCCCGGCUUGAUAGACAACAAGACGAUGGACAGUAUAAUGACUAGCAGAGUCUCGCAUGACUCUCUCAAUCAAGAUGAUGGCUUGAGUUCGUUCGAGUCUUACUUGGACAUAUCUCUUACGCUGGCGCAAGCAUUUCACACAAAAGAAACUUCCCUUGAGGACAUCAGCACGACGGUGCAGAAAUUGUCAUCGUUGCUCAAACCAUUGGAUUCUUGGGACUCAAUUUCGAAGGAAGUGGACGACGUGGAUGCCUUGAUAGCGGAACUGCAGUUCGUGGUUUCCUUUCUAGCCAUGAAGGGUCAAGACAAUUUGCGCCUCGAGAUACUCGAAAUACUCUCUCAUGUUCAUCAUCUGAGACCUACACCAGAGCCAUCAUCUGUCUUGAGUAUUUCGGCGCAGCUUGCCUUGCAAUACCUUCAUUUGGGCUACUCCUUGGAGGCAUGUCGCAUCCUCGAGCUCGAGGCUUCUCUGCUAACCCAACCUAUUGUUUCGACUCUUGCGAAGCUCGAAUGGCAUAUUGCCCAGACGGAAGUUUGGACGACACUAGGACAAGCCAGUCUUGCGGCCAAGUCGAUGACAUCUGCCACCGAAUGUAUGCAAUCGUUUCCUGCGGUCGACCACGCCACGAAAACUCAUGCUCAAAUUGUCAAAGCGAGAUUUGCCUUUGUGUGUUCAUUGUACUCGAGGAGCACAGGACAGGUGAAGCAGGCCAUGGUCUACGCAAAACGCUAUGUCUUAUUGUGUCAACAAACAAUGACCUUCCUAGAAGUCCAACAUGCCCCACAAGACAACUCCUCGUCAUCUUCUACAACUAUUCCACAAGAAGAGCUUGUGAAUGCGGUUGAGAAGCUCGCCAUCUCCAACUCCGACCAAGCUUCAUCGUCAUCAGAGCUAGAACCUGUUACCAACCAGGGCGCUGCGUUCUCUGCUAUUGUGCCGGAUCUGCUGAACAGCGUUUUGCAUCUUGCAGAUACCUACGCCCACCAAGGAUUACGAACUGAAGCUUCAUACUAUCUUGAUCAGGCUGACGUCCUGGUCACUCGAGUUGGAGUGCCCGACCUGCGUACCAAGAUUUCAGUCCAGAGGGAAGCUCAGGCCUAUAUUGAGGGCAUCGAGACUGAUAAUCUCGUUGACAACGGUGAGCUGAGAGACUCUAUCGACCUAGUGAAACUAGGCAUCACACGGGGCGACAUAUUCGCAGCAGAAGAAGAGACAUGGGAGAGUGCACAGCAGGAGUACGAGAAGGCGGAAGCCAUGGCUACUCGGCUUGCAAGCAAGAAUUUUAUUGAGAAGCUGCGGGCUCUGAAGGACCAAUCCGACAAGAACAAUGUGGCCAAAACUGCUACUGUUCGAAAUGGCAAGCGAGUCGUAACCAAGACUCCUGCGACCAGAGUGCCACCAGCGAAGAUGACCAAAACCGUAAGCACGAAGGUUAAGACCACCACUACCUCCACUGUUUCGAACCAGGAGAAUGUCCCCUUAUCAAGUCUAUGUGCAGCAGCGCUCAGACAACGCGGCCUUCUGUUGAUCAAUCAGGGCGAGACUGAUCUUGGUCUGGAGCUCCUGGAGCGAGCCGAAGAUAUGGAGCAUGAUUUCACUCAAGAUAUUCUGCAACAAUUGGCAAUGGCUGAAGGACUGCUCCGCAAAUUUGGGGAAGAACUGGCUCUGGACUUCACCUUCAACGUUCUACCUGAGUCGACCAUCUCGUUCCCUGCGUUGUCGACCACGACUGGUAAGAAGUCGUCAACGCAGACCUCACUCUCGUCGACACCAAUGUCUCUUGCGACCGCUACCACACCUAAAAAGACCAGCCGCCAAAAGCGUACUGAUGAUGAAUUUGCUCGCUUCCUCUGUGACGCACAGGAACGUCUUGUAAACAUCCAGCGCCGAUCUGCAAGCACUGCUGGUAUGUCAGUCUUCCACCAAUUGUGCGGCUUGAGUUCCAAAGCUAUGCUGCUGCUCUCGGCUUUGAAUGCUAGCAUGUCUCUUUCUGGAUCGUUGCAUCCUACACGUGCAGCUUGCUCAAUCGAGAUGUCUCGUAUCGAAGCCUUCUCUCGAGAGUUGAGCACUAUAGAGGCGGAGAAGGAGUACAACGAAUAUGAUGUACAGUUAGCGAAUCAGAACUCCACAGCCUCUACUAGCCAUCUCUCGGCAGCAAGAUUCCAGAAGGAAUAUAUUGAUAUCAUCCCCAACAGUUGGACUGCUGUAUCGGUGACGCUAAGUGAGGACCACAAUGAGCUAUACAUUGUGCGAUACCGGGCAAACCAAGCACCUUUCUUACUGCGUCUGCCAAUGACACGUAACAAGAUGCAGGAUAUCGAAGGUGACGAGGAAUCACCUACAUUUGAUUUUGAGUCUGGCAAGGCCGAGCUGCAGGAGAUAAUCGAGCUUUCGAACUACAGCUGCAGUAAGCCGCCCAGUGCCAUGACACAAGAAGCUAAGCAGAGCUGGUGGGACGAGCGUGAAGCGCUGGAUCUUCGCAUGCAAGAAUUGAUCGUGAAUAUCGAAAACAUCUGGCUUGGUGGCUUCAAGGGCGUGCUAUCACAGCAUCGCAAAGACCCAGCAUUACUGGCUCGUUUCAGAAAGUCGUUGGAUGGCAUUUUGGACCGCCAUCUUCCCUCGAGACAGGGUACGAAGAGUAAGGCCAAGAAGCUUGUGCUGGACGCCAAUAUCGUCGAGUUGUUCGUUGGUCUUGGAGAUGAUCAGGAUGGUGAAGUUGACAUGGACGAGCAAGUGCUUGACCUUCUUUACUUUGUCAUUGAUAUCCUACAGUUCAAUGGCGAGCGCAACGCGUAUGACGAAGUCGACUUCGAUGUCAUGGCGACCGAGACCAUGGACGCUUUGAGAUCUUACCAUGAGGCAGCCAACUUCAACACAGCUGAUCAAAAUCAUCUGAUUUUGAUUCUGGACAGAAAGUUGCAUGCUUUCCCUUGGGAAAGUCUACCGUGUCUCCAGAACGUUAGUGUGAGUAGAGUCGGUAGCAUGCUCACGCUCCGCGAACGAAUUCUUGCUAUGCGUAGUCAGAUGAAAGAUGGCGCUGAAGAAAAGUACCUUGUCAACAAGCAGUCUGGAGCAUUCAUCCUUAAUCCGUCAGGAGAUCUGUCUAGGACACAGACUACCAUGACGCCACUACUCGAUUCACUGAAAGCAUCCUCUGAUUCAUCUUGGCAAUCAACCAUCAACAAGAUUCCCUCAGAGAAGGACUUCGCAAACGCAUUGUCAGAGAAAAGCACACUUCUUUACUUUGGCCACGGCAGCGGAAACCAAUACAUCCGCAACCGCACGAUCAAAAAGCUGGACAAGUGUGCCGAAGUAGUGUGGCUGAUGGGCUGUUCCAGCGGCACGGUAACCGAACACGGCGACUACGAACCCACAAGUGUACCACUCGGCUAUCUAGUCGCCGGAAAACGACAACUCGACACCUCCACAGAUGAAGAACCCAAGCAUCGCAACGACAACAGAGAAGGCCUUUGCAUGGCUAUCGUCGCCACACUCUGGGAUGUCACAGACAAAGACAUCGAUCGCUUCGCCGUAAAAACAGGCGAGCAUUGGGGUUUAUGGUCGUCUACCCCUGCGCCUUCCUCCAAAGACCUCGCGCCGCCAAAGACACCGCGCAAAAGAGGCAGAUCUGUGCCCAAAACACCUUCAAAAACACCUUCGCGGACUCCAGGCGGACGAAGCAGAAGCCGCGUACUGAGAGAUGAUGACGAGGAUAAAAAUAAAAGUCUUGUGGAGGCGGUGAUGUUGAGUAGAGAUGCUUGUAACUUGAGAUAUCUGAAUGGCGCGGCGACGGUGGUUUAUGGUAUCCCGGUGUAUUUGGGUGAUUAG